AUGUCUUCUUCUCUUCCUAGUCAUUCUAAGACCACCGGUACUCCGGCGCCUCUUCCACCUUCUUUUCCACCUCCACUAAUUGAUAACAAAGACCCUUGUCCACCUCCGGUUCCAAAGCUAAUUGUGGGUUCGGAAGGCCCCCAAGGAGCUUAUUUAGUCGAAUUACUAGUCUAUAACGGUUAUCCCUUUAAAGACCAUUGGGCAUAUUUCGUAUGCUCGCAAUCAAACAGUGGCGUCGGUGUUUUGAUCCACGCGGCUGGCGACGUAAGAAGUGGCUUUAGAUUUGAGAUUAAGCGAAGUUAUGAUCUUAGGGCAAGCGGACGCAUUCCGUCGAAUAGAAUUGCACUACAAUGGGUGAAUUCUUUUUACUUUGACGAAACAACAAUGUUCAACAAUGGAACAUAUAAAGUUGAUACCUUGCCUGUUUGCGAUUUUGAGGCCAGCAUGCAUAAAGCGAAGGCUCCUGAGAAGACUUUGAACUCGGUUGAGGACAUGGUGAGAGCUUUCCUUUCUUUCUUCUUGUAUCCACGAUACUUCAUAGCCGGCGAGACCAGUGCAGGCAUGAAAGUUCAUCAAAGGAACUGUCAGACAUGGAUUGUAGAGUCAGCCGGUUUCCUUGUCCAAGACGGCAUUUUCAAUCCUGAGGUCGCUGUAUACCUCAACGCUAUUAAGCAGUAG